AUGUUGGGGCAGAACAUGAUCUCCGCGCAAGUUAUCGAGCAACUGGUUGCGCAAGGCGACCCGGUUGUCAUCCACGAGGGUUACGCCCUGGACAUCUCAACAUGGAUCGAUAACCACCCUGGUGGUCGGCUUGCAAUCCUGCACAUGGUCGGGCGCGAUGCCACCGACGAAAUCAACAUGUAUGCGCUGCGAUACAAGAGCGAGAUAGCUCGCUGUCCAUCUUUGAAACCUGAAACUGACCCAAUGCGUAACAGCUACCAUUCCAACAAGGCUCUCCUGAUGAUGAAGAAGUACCGCAUUGGUCGUGUAGAAGAACCGUGGACGAACCUCGAGCCCCCUAUUCGCGCCGCCAAGCCGCACUCCGACUCGGACCUAGACGAGAAGAAAGCCGUCAAAGCCGCACAUGAACGGUCACGACGAAGUGUUGACCUGAGCUCUGUCGCUGCUACGCUGAGCAAGAAGCUGAGCCCUAUCGACGCAUGCGCCAACACGUGCAGGUCCCGUACACCAGACCCAGAGAAGCAACCACUUCUAAGGUCUGAAGCACCUCCGCCAUCCACAUUCGAUAAGAUAGCACACCGCCUGCAGUAUGCUACUGAGCUCGAGGAGAAGGAGAUCAUGGAUGGGCUGAGAGAGAAUCCUUCGGUGGACACCGAGACUCAACACCAAAUCCUGCUAGACUACCGCGAGUUGCACGAGCAGAUCAAGGCGGAAGGCUUAUACAAGUGCAACUACUCAGCAUACGGCUGGGAAAGCAUCCGAUAUGCUGCCCUUUUCGCUGCUUUCGCAUAUCUGCUGUACAGCAAGUGGUAUCUCACAUCUGCGCUCUUCUUGGGGCUGUUCUGGCAACAGAUCAUGUUCACGGCGCACGACGCCGGUCACCGCGGCAUCUCUGGCAACUUCGUCAUCGACACCCUGAUCGGCGCCUUCAUCGCCGACUUCUGCUGCGGCCUCUCGAUCGGAUGGUGGAAGUCGUCCCACAACGUACACCACCUGAUCACCAACAUGCCAGAACACGACCCAGAUAUUCAGAAUACACCCAUCUUCUCGAACUCGCCCACGUACAUUAAGGGUGUUGUUUCCACAUUCUACAAGGACUUCGAGUUCAAGUGGGACGCUGCCUGCGAGGUUGCCCUGCCAUACCAGAAGUACACCUACUACCCCAUCAUGGCGCUUGCGCGAUUCAACCUCUACCUACUCUCUUGGUGCCAUCUGUGCUCGCCUCGCGCAGCUCAGCUUGGCGCAGCGUGGUGGACACGCCCUGUCGAACUCGUCUUCAUGGCGUGCUACUGGUUCAUCUUCGGCUACCUGCUCGUCUGGUGCACACUUCCCACCUGGCCCAUCCGCAUCGGUUUUGUCCUUAUCAGCCAUCUCGUCACGAUGAUCCUGCACGUUCAGAUCACGCUGUCACACUGGGGCAUGCCAACAAGCGAUCUUGGACCCACCGAGUCUUUCCCUCAGCGUCAGAUGCGCACUACAAUGGAUGUCGAGUGCCCUGUGUGGUUGGACUGGGUUCACGGCGGUCUCCAGUUCCAGGCCGUGCACCACUUGUUCCCCAGGGUGCCGAGGCACAACCUCAGGAGAGGACAGGAGCUAGUCCGAGAGUUCAGUAAGAAAACCGGUAUCCGUUACCACUGCUACGGAUUUGUCGAGGGCAACAAGGUUGUCCUCGGUAGGUUGGAAGAGGUUGCGAACAUGGUCAAGAUGAUGGUAGAGUGUCAGAAGGAUAUGGCUGCUACAGGAGAGAGCGGACUGCACUGA